AUGGCGGCGCUCUUUCUCUGUUUAGAAGUGCCGUCCCGCCUUCUCGCGGCCGUGACGCCCCCUCACGCCGCGGUGGGGUCCGGGACAUGGCGGGUGAGGGUAAUGUUCUGGAGGAGGAGAGCCAAGCUGGAGUUUCCCCCGUCAAGCUGUCGGAACAGAGUAGCCUGGGCUACUUGGAAAUCUGAGUGUGUCCCCAAACCCCCGCCUCUGGUGUACAACCAAAGGAGGAAUCACGACUGUUCCAAUGCUGAAGGGAAAGCUGGCUGA